AUGGUGAAUGUCGAAUCAACAAGCCAUCCAACAAUGAACGUCCUUUUCACGCUGCUCACAUGGGCCACCGUUGCCCUGGCUGCUAUGCAGCCUCUCGGACCUCCCACCAAGUUCUCGGGAAAGGACUAUCUUGUCAAGCACGCCAUUCAGGAGAUUGAGAAUCUGUACAACUCCACCCGACUCGACUCCUGCGCCAAGUGCAUGGGUGCUCUAGCUCUGGGAAAGACCAUUGCCAUUGAAGACGACCGAGUCAUUCCUGAGAUUCUCCAAGAGCUGUGUAAGAAGUACAAGUGGCAGGCCGUUUGCACCAACGUCUAUCAGGGGCGAAAUUUUGGUGUUGAAGCUAAGGCUGGCCACAUUGCCAACGUUCUACAGCUCAUUGAUCCCUACGGAACCGACGGAGAGUACAUCUGCCACUACCAGGUCAAGAAGGCUUGUCCUCGACCUGCCACUCCUGUCUUCAACCUCACCGGAUGGUGGCCCGAGAAGCCCGCUGAUCUGGAGGAUCGACUUGCCAAGUCCAAGGGCGACAGAUUCAACGUUGUUCAUCUUUCUGAUUUCCAUGUUGACCUGCGAUACCAGAUUGGUAGUGAGUCCAACUGUACUUCUUACAUGUGCUGCGUUGAGCCUGUCUACAACAAUGACGCUCGAAAGGCCAACUUCACUGAUGUCGUUCUCCCAGCUCAGAAGUUUGGCUCUUAUGAGUGUGACAUACCCCAAGUUCUUCUCGAAGACUCUCUUAGGUCCGUGGCUACCAUAGGAGCCAAUAAGUCAUUCGAGUUUGGUAUCUUCACUGGAGACAUGGUAUCUCAUGAUCUGGACGAUUGGCUGUCUCUGGCCAACGUCAUCAAAUCUGAGGAGGACGUUUACUACCAGAUGAAACGAUUCCUCGGUGACCUCCCCAUCUACUCCACUUUCGGCAACCAUGACACCUUCCCUUAUGCUCAGCAAGCCCAGAAUGCUUCUGGUUUCCUCGGAGAGUUUGUGUGGAACGCCCAACUGUCCGCCUCUCUGUGGAAGGACUAUGGUUGGAUCGAUGAGGCAACUCAGGCGGAGGCUGUACACACAUACGGAGCUUUCGGAGUGACAACCAAGCGAGGACUGCGGGUUAUCUCAAUGGACUCAAACUUCUGGUACAACGCCAACUAUUACAACUACUGGAACACCACCUCUCCCGACACUUCUGGAAUGAUGAAGUGGAUGGUUGACCAGCUGAUAGAGGCUGAGAAGAACGCCCAGAAGGUCUGGAUCAUCGCCCACGUUCCCACCGGGGGAAGUACCACCAACGCCCUCCCUCACGCUACCGAGGUGUUCCGGCAGAUCGUUGACCGAUUUGCUCCACAUACCAUUGCCGCUCUAUUUUUUGGACACACCCACGAGGACCAGUUCAACGUGUACUACGCUGGAAACGGCACCGAUAACUCCAUCGAUAACGCUCUGACCGUGGGAUGGAUCUCGCAGUCAGUCACUCCUCUGCACAACUACAACCCCUCGUGGAGAUACUACGAGGUUGACAGUGAUACAUUUGAAAUCAUGGAGUCCAUCAAUUAUUAUGCCCAACUCCACAAGACAUUCGAGUUUGAUAUGGACAAGCCUGAGAUUGCGAACAACGGCUCCUUUACUCGAGUCACAUACCCUCCCCGAACUCCUGAUGAGGAGCUCGAGUGGAUCUUUGAGUACUCUGCCCGAGAUGUCUAUGAUCCUGAUCAGAAGUGGCCUCGAGAAGCUCCUCUCAACGCCACUUUUUGGCACAACGCUAUCCAGUACAUUAUCAGCAACGAUACAGGCAGAGAGGACUACCUCAAGUAUGAGUACCGAGAGAGUCCCUUUGUUCCUGAUGGAAGCGACCCCGAGUACAUCAAGAACAUGUACUGCUACUUUUCGUCUGGUACCGUUCCUGCUGUGUUUGAGUGCCAGAAGCGAAUGAACAUCACCAAGGAGAUCUGGAUCUAA